AUGUUCGUUCGCUUUGUCCUCUCAGCGCUUUCCAUGGUCUUUGCGGCCUCAGGCAUGGACAUCUUGGUACAAGAAGAUACUAUUCACGUCCUUGUCACCUCCAAGACCACUAUGUCACUCCCGUCCACCUUAGUGCCACGUCAAUGGACCCCCUCACCCCUCCCAGUCUGGUCAGACCCUUCACCAGCUCCAAUUUGGUCAGACCCUUCACCACCUCCAAUUUGGUCAGACCCUUCACCACCUCCAAUUUGGUCAGAACCUUCCGCAGCCCCAAUCUGGUCCGCAGCUCCUAUAUGGUCUGAACCAGCCGCACCCAUCUGGACCAGCCCUCCCAUCCUAUCCGAACCCGCAGCACCCAUCUGGACACCCACACCCACACCCCUGCCCCCUUCUCCCACCCCCUCACACAACCCACCCACACCCAGUCCCCCAAACCCCAAGCAAACCCUCAGCAACGCCAUCAUCGCCGCUGUUUUCUUCGGCGGCUUCUUCGCUGUCGCCAUUCUGGGCGGCUUGCUGGCGUGCGCGAUGCGCAAGUGCCGCGCUGCUCGUGGGAAGCCGGAUGUGAAUGAAGCGGGCCGGGAUGCGAAUGUUAAUUUGGCGUGCGGGAGAAAUGGAAGUUGA